GAGAGAGAGAGAGAGAGAGAGAGAGAGAGAGAGAGAGAGAGAGGGAGAGAUAGAUAUAAAUAAAUAGAUAGAUAGAUAGAUAGAUAGAGAGAGUGAGAGUGAUAGAAGGAGUUAUCACUUGAAUGUAACUUUAUUGCCUAUGAAGGAAUGAUAAGCAAAGCAGGCCUCCGCAGGAUUUAAAUACAUCGCAGACAAUCGAAACAAAUACAGCAAGGUGUUCUCUCUGACGCUCUAACGACUCUGCCAAUUCGCUGCUCUAGUAGACAUGAGAUAAAAGGUAUUCCAGCCUUGGCCAGCCCAUCCUCUUAGAGAUAUCUAGAAAACUAAAUUAUCCAAUGUCUUGUGCUUAGGUUAAGAAAUGAUCUGAGGGAGGGUGAUUUUGCUGCUAUGUCUGGUAGGUCGAGCGACCACGUAAAGGUUCCCUAUCGGCUAACAUUUGAAAGUAUAGAGUAGCGUAGUUUGUUGACUUAAAGAUUGAUAAUGAGUAACUAUUCAUAUUGUAUUCGGAAUCAUUGAACAAUACUACUUUUUUGUUGCGAAAAAAAUUAUUAUAAUAGAAAGCAGAAUUAAUAAUCCUUAAGAAUAAACAAUGAAGUGGGUUUCAUUUAUCCUCUACUUUUUUAUAAAUGCUAAUUUAUGUUUGCAAAGUAAGUAUUAUGAUGCAACAUCAGUUUCUUGCUCAGAAUGGGAGCUAUAUCACAAAUGUUCGUGUCAACCUGAAUGUCACUUGUUUAAGAAUUGUUGUUUAGACCUAGCUAAUCGUAAUGUUUCUCAUAGUCAAAAUAUUUCUGCACAAAGUUGUACGAAACUGAAAAUUGGAUAUUACAUUGCCCUUGACAAAUGCCUUCCUAGUUACCCUAUUAAAGAAUAUGUGAGCAGAUGUGAAAAUUCUGUUGAUGAAGAUUAUAUCUUGAAAGUACCAGCUUUCGGGAAAGUAGACAAAAGAUUGUACAAGAACUUAUUCUGUGCUUUGUGCAACGAUCAAGAAUACAUCUUGGGCAAAUCGAUUUAUGAAUGCGAUGUGAAUGAUAUUACAUAUCAGCAACUUUCAAGGUACCUUUCAAAUGGUACAUGUACCUUUUAUUCAUUUGAUGUCCCAGAUAUUACAUUUAUUAAUAAUCUACAUGAAUGCUUAUACGAUAUUUCGAAUUGUUCUAUAAAAGAGCGACAUGAAAAUAGAUCGGAGUUAUGUGAAACAAAUUCUAUUUCACUGGCAUCUUCAAAUAAGUACCGACACUGUGCUUUAUGCAGUGCCUUAAACACUACAUAUUUUAAUUCAGGUCGCAAAACGGUUGAAAGAACCUAUCCAUUGACUAUAAUAUUCGACCACAGCAGUAAUAUAUUACAAUACAUAAAUGCUAUUCAAGAGAGUGUCGACACGAAUAGAAGCGCAGGAAGGCAUGAAACAAUUCUCUGUAACAGUGAUUUAUUAUUUGAUGUUUAUCAAAACCAGUGUCGUUCAGUUUUCUUCUAUUCACUCAUGAAUUGUAUUGCAGUGAGACUAAGUGAUGAUGAAUAUUACCUCAAUGAUGAAGGUCUGCUUUAUUUGAAUAAAACUCAACGACUACUGAACAGAACAGAAUUCAGCCAGGACACUCAAGGCAUAAGUAUCUGCAUAGAUAAGGACUUCGGUGCAAUAUCAAAAUAUGCUAUAUCUGAGAGUUAUAUUACAUUUAUAGGUCUUACUAUUUCUGUUCCUGCUCUACUAAUAACAAUUGUAACUUAUCUCUGUAUACCUGAACUACGUACUUUACCAGGUAAAUUCGUAAUCAGUCUUCUGUCAUCGCUGUUGUUGGCAGAGGUUUUGUUUCUUAUUUCUAGAUAUGUACCUCCGUAUACUAUUCAAUGUAUUUUAACAGCUGUUUUGAUGCAUUAUUCUUUCUUAGCAUCGUUCUUCUGGAUGAAUGUCAUAUCGUUUGAUGCCUGCUGCACUUUCUCAGGAUUCAUGCAAUUUCAUAUUUCUAAUCAGGGUAAUAAAAAACUUUUACCGUAUUCUAUAUAUGCAUGGAUCAGUCCACUUAUAAUUGUAACUAUGUCACUCCUACUUGAGUAUAUACCAGAAAACAAAGCAAUUUCGCCAGCAUAUGGCAAGGGUAUAUGUUGGAUUACAAAUGGAAAGUGUUUAUUAUUGGUGUUUGGAAUUCCAGUGAUAAUACUGUUAAUACUUAAUAUUUUAGCCUUUAUUUUUAUUUCAAGAGGCCUCCGUUUAGAAAUGAAGCGUUCUGCAAAAUAUUUAAUAAGUUACCAUAAUAUUCACUUCCAAAUUUUCUUCAAGCUCAGUCUUGUUAUGGGUUUAACAUGGAUCUUGGGAUUCCUGUAUACAUUCACAAAAAUCAGUGAAUUUUCUCUCCUUUUCUGUAUCUGUAAUUCAUUUUUGGGAUUAUUUGUUUGUUUUUCUUUUCUUUCCACAAGAAUAAUAGCUAAAAAAUGCCUGCAGUUUGGGAAUUUCUCGAACAUUUCUACUUUUUACUGUACAUCACCAUCAGCAUCUGAAAAAAAUAUCCAAUAA